GGGCAGCGCGGGGUCGGCCUAUGUGACUGGGCGGCGCCGGCACAGCCCUCGUGCGGAGAGGAUUCAGGAUGACCAACGAGGAACCGCUUCCCAAAAAGGUUCGACUGAGUGAAAGAGACUUCAAAGUUAUGGCACGAGACGAAUUAAUUCUAAGGUGGAAACAAUAUGAAGCAUAUGUGCAGGCUUUGGAGGGCAAGUACACAGAUCUUAACUCUAAUGAUGUAACUGGCUUAAGGGAAUCUGAAGAAAAACUAAAGCAACAACAACAAGAAUCUGCACUCAGGGAAAACAUUCUUGUAAUGCCACUAGCGACCAAGGAGCAAGAGAUGCAAGAGUGUACUACACAAAUCCAGUACCUCAAGCAAGUCCAACAGCCUAGUGAUGCCCAACUGAGAUCAACAAUGGUAGACCCAGCGAUCAACUUGUUUUUCCUAAAAAUGAAAGGUGAACUGGAACAGACUAAAGACAAACUGGAACAAGCCCAAAAUGAACUGAGUGCCUGGAAGUUUACGCCUGAUAGGUAAACAAAUCAUACUCCCCAGUCAAGACUUCC